UCUCGUUUCUCCGGCUACACCCACUGGGCUGGUAUUUAAGCCACUCUCUCCUCCCAGGUCUUCAUCAGUUUACUGCAGAGAGAAACACAAGAGUGAGCCUCACACCCCCUUAGGAACCGCAACUACUGAGUGAAGUGUCGCCUGCAGAGCAACAUGUCUGUGGAAACUUCAGCCACGUUCUUCUUCCUCCUGCUUGUUGUCCCAUUGACAGUGGCACACGACUGCUCCCAGUCCUGCGCUUGCCCCUCAGAACCUCAGCGCUGCCCGUUGGGGACCAGCCUGGUCCUGGACGGCUGUGGCUGCUGUAAAGUGUGUGCCAAGCAGCUUGGGGAUCCGUGCUCCCUGCUGGAGCCCUGCGACCACCACAAGGAGCUGUACUGUGACUACGCUCUGCUGAGUGACACUGAGACUGGCAUCUGCAUGGCUCAGGAAGGCCAAACAUGUGACCUGGGCGGUGUCAUCUACCGCAGUGGGGAGUCCUUUCAGCCCAGCUGUAAACAUCAGUGUGUGUGUAUCAAUGGAGAGAUUGGAUGUGUGCCCAUGUGUGCCAGUGACGUCCGGCUGCCCUCCCCCGACUGCCCGUACCCACGCCGCAUUCAGAUCCCAGGGAAAUGCUGCGAGGAGUGGGUGUGUGACCAGACGCCUCCGGACCACUUCUACCAGUCUGUGGUUGCUGGGGCGUCUCAGAUUCACCCUUUGCCCUCUUCACAUCCCAUCUCAGUCUCCAGACACGCCAUUCCUCACGAGCCGCCGGCCGAGAGUCCCAGAGAUAACUGCAUCGUCCAGACCACCGAGUGGAGCGAGUGCUCGGCCACCUGCGGCAUGGCCGUCUCGUCUCGCAUUACCAACGACAACCAGGGCUGCCAGCUGGAGAGGCAGACCAGGAUCUGCAUGAUCCGACCCUGCAACAACCAGCUAGAGAAAGAAAUCAAGAAGGGGAGGAAAUGUAUCCGCACCCCAAAGGCCCAGCGAGUGAUGCGCUUCGAGCUCUCGGGCUGCUCCAGCGCCCGGCUGUACAGACCAAAGUUCUGCGGCGUCUGCACGGACAACCGCUGCUGCACACCGCACACCACCGUCACGGCCGAGGUGGAGUUCCGCUGUCCAGAGGGCGAUUUCUUCACCAAGAGGAUGAUGUUCAUCAAGUCCUGCUCCUGCCACUACGACUGUCCUCAAGAGAACGACAUCUUCCUGGCGUCCACCGUCCGAAGGAUGAUCGGGGACUACGAUAACAUGUGACGGGAGCGCAGUGCGCGCACACUUUGACACUUUUACAUCAGGAAAGCACCGCUUGAACAACCGACCCCGUCCUCUUAAAUGUGCACUCUCCACACGGUAACAUAGCCCUGCAACAAUGG